UGUAUUGGUUGAAGGUAAAGUAAACACACUUGAGUGGGUGUAGUGUGUAGUGUGCUGGAAGUUUGAGUGCUCACUCAGUGCCGCAGGGAGUCAGAGACAGCAGCACACUACAUCAGCCAUGCUCACACUAAAAUGGUUUUUUUCAGUUAUAUAUAUUUUGUCACGGUGUGGUGUGUGUGAGGGAUUUGUGCUCAAACGCACAGGCAGAGCUGAUCUAUCUGGACUUCACGGCGACCUCCCUUUUAACAGCCUGUCGGGUUCCUGCAAAAACAGGUGCUUUGAACUGGUGGAGGCUGAACCUCCAAACUGCCGCUGCGACAACCUGUGUAAAACAUACAGCAAGUGUUGCUCAGACUUUGAUGAACACUGUUUGAAAACAGAUGGGGGGUUCGAAUGUAGUAAAGACCGCUGUGGUGAAACACGUAAUGAACAUCACGCCUGUCACUGCUCAGAGGACUGCAUGGCCAAAGGAGACUGCUGCACCAACUACAAGUCUCUCUGCAAAAGUGAUGUUUCUUGGUUGCAGGAAGAGUGUGGGGAGAUUAAGAACCACGAGUGUCCUGCCGGGUUUGUUCGGCCCCCUGUCAUCUUGCUGUCUGUCGAUGGCUUUCGUGCAUCCUUCAUGAAGAGAGGAAGCACAGUGAUCCCCAACAUUGAGAAACUACGAUCAUGUGGAACCCAUGCACCAUACAUGAGACCUGUGUACCCCUCCAAAACCUACCCCAAUUUAUAUUCGAUCACAACAGGGCUUUACCCUGAGUCGCAUGGAAUUGUGGGUAAUUCUAUGUAUGACCCUGUCUUUAAUGCUAGCUUUAGCUUCCGUGGGAAAGAAAAACUCAACCAUCGAUGGUGGGGAGGACAGCCUAUCUGGAUCACUGCAGUGAAACAGGGAGUAAAAGCUGGAACUUUCUUCUGGCCUGUUACAAUACCACUGGAAAGGAGAAUCCUGACUAUGCUACAAUGGCUUCACCUUCCUGAUGCAGAAAGGCCAUAUGUUUAUGCAAUGCAUGCUGAACCGCUGGAUACCUAUGGUCACAAACUAGGACCCCACAACACCGAGCUUGAUAGUGCACUGAGGGAUAUUGACAAGGUGAUCGGACAGCUGAUGGAGGGCUUGAAACAGAUGAAACUGCAUCGCUGCGUCAAUAUCAUCUUGGUUGGAGAUCACGGUAUGGAGGAAGCUCACUGUGACAACACAGAGUUCCUGAGCACCUACAUGUCUAACACUGAGGACCUCAUCCUGAUUCCUGGCUCUCUGGGAAGAAUCCGACCACGACAUCCAAACAACUCUAAAUAUGAUGCAAAGGCGGUUGUAGCAAACCUUACUUGUAAAAAGUCCGACCAGCAUUUUAAGCCGUACUUGAAGCAGCACCUUCCCAAACGACUGCAUUAUGCCAACAACCGCAGAAUUGAGGAGAUUCACUUGAUGGUUGAGAGGAAAUGGCACAUAGCACGGAAGGCCUAUGAAACAAAGAGGAAUCAAGGGAAAUGUGGGUUUGCCGGUGAUCACGGAUAUGAUAAUAAGAUCAACAGCAUGCAGACCAUAUUCCUUGGGUAUGGACCGGCUUUCAAAUUUAAGACAAAAAUUCCACCCUUUGAAAAUAUUGAGCUGUACAACGUCAUGUGUGAUCUGCUUGGCUUGAAGCCGGUCCCUAACAACGGUACCCACGGUAGCCUUAACCAACUUUUGAGGAGUCCUGUACACAUACCCAGCAUGCCUGAAGAAGUAUCCAAACCGAACCCCGCAGGAUCAAACACGGCUAUUACAGAUGACCUGGGCUGCACCUGUGAAGACAAGUUGCGUUCAAAAAGUAGGGGGCAGAGGGCAUUGAAAGUGACCCUUGUAAGAGGCUAUAACCUGGAGUCACUCUGGCUCUGUCUGUUACAGAACAAAGUGGAAGAGCUCAAUCAGCGACUGAGACAAGUUAUUGAUGACAGCAGAAAUCUUCCUUAUGGUCGGCCAGCAGUCAUGUUCCGGACCAAAUACUUCAUCCUCCAUCAUAGUGACUACAUCAGUGGCUACAGUGAAGCUCUAUCAAUGCCUCUCUGGACAUCUUACUCUGUUUCAAAGCAGGUGGAAAUUACCCCUCUGCCAGAGGCUCUCAAUAACUGCAUUCGGCCUGAUAUCAGAGUUUCCCCCGCACACAGUCAAUCUUGCUCAAGCUACCGGGCAGACAAACAGAUCUCUUAUGGCUUCUUAUAUCCACCUCAGCUGACCUCCAAUCAGGAUGCAAGAAAUGAUGCUAUUCUGAUUACCAACACUGUACCCAUGUACCCAGCAUUCAAGCGUAUUUGGGCAUAUUUCCAGAAGUUUCUUGUGAAACGUUAUGCCAGUGAGAGAAAUGGAGUGAAUGUGGUCAUCGGCCCCAUCUUUGACUUUGACUAUGAUGGUCUCAGAGAUUCAACAGAGAAGAUGAAACAAUACGCCAGUGGCUCUGUGCUAAUUCCUACUCAUUACUACAUCGUGGUUACAAGUUGUCUGGAUUACACACAGACUGUUGACUCGUGUGUCGGUCCUCUCAGUGUUUUCUCCUUCAUUCUUCCUCAUCGACCGGAUAAUGAUGAGACCUGUAAUAGUUCAGAGGAAGAGUCAAAAUGGGUGGAGGAUCUGAUGAAGAUGCACACGGCACGUGUACGAGACAUUGAGUUACUUACAGGACUGGACUUUUAUCGUCGUACCAGCAGAACCUACGAGGAAAUCCUCUUUCUAAAGACCUACUUACACACAUACGAGAGCGAGAUCUAAACCACUGUAUCAUUACUUUUGCAUCCUGACAUAGUUAGGUGUAUAUUUUUAUACAAGCUAUCAUAUUUAUUGUUCAUUUAUUCUUAAUCUUGAACUUUUUUUAUAUAAUUCCCCUUUAUUUCAGUGAAUCAUACAGUACGCAUGAAUGGACUUUAUCAAGUUCUUUAAUGAAUGUUGUAAUAAUAUUGUAAAAAUGUCCUGUUUUGUCAUUGUGAUUUGUUUAAUGUGAUGUACAAUGUGCUGAAUGUAACCUAAUACCUGUAUGACGGGUUAUUAAACCUGUUCUGUUGUUUUUUUUUUUAAAUAAUAGUUUGUGAAGUGUUAAUUGUUUUUGUAUUAUGCCAAUAAACAUUUUGUACAUA